AAGCAUUCACCCACUGUGCGCAAUUUCUGAGUCGGAGCCAAAUAGGGAAAUGUGUAGUUUCAGAAGUCAUUAUGUAGCCUUAUGUAUAAGAGAUCACGGCUCAUCAAAGUAUUUGUUCUAAUUCAACAUCCAUCAUUUCAGUGAAUGCAGGAACAUGUUUAAACAUUAUGAGGCAAGAACAACACGUCUUAAGGAUGAUCAAAAAUUAACACGCGCACUAUCAUGCUAGACGGACUGCAGAGCGUGGUGGUGGUUUGAAAUUGAAUGAGAAAUAACGCUGCGUGUAGAGUCGUAUACCUUCCCUCUGUGCAGCCUCUCCACUUAUCCAAAGGGUGCCAGUUAUUGUGCGCAUCGCGCAGCGGAUGAGAGAGAAAGUGGGAGUUCUGGAGAGGAAAGCAAUAGGGGUAACAUCAUCCCUGCUCUCCUGGGGGCUUUAACCGAUACAACAUCACUUUUGCCAGAAGCUUUAGGAAGUGUUUUAAUAAGCGCUUCUGCUCGCGCAUCGCUGGAUGUUUUUUUUUGGAAGCGUCUCUCGCACUCAUUGGUAAAGCCUAUUUUUUCACGCAGAAUUUCCAGGCAUGGAGUACACAACUGUUUCAACAGCGGAUCUCCGCGACCAACUAACCGCUGCUUUUCAUAAUUUAAACGCAACUUUUUUCGACGACCCUGUGCUGGAGAAUCCGGUGGGAAACGACACCGGCCCCGCGAGCAGUAGGGGACAGCACCAACUGAUCAUCGCAGUCUGCAUCACAGCGCUCUACUCUCUGAUCUGUGUAGUGGGGCUGCUCGGGAACAUCCUCGUUAUGUACGGUGUGGUGAGGUACACCAAGAUGAAGACGGCCACCAACAUCUACAUCUUCAACCUGGCGCUGGCGGACGCCCUGGCCACCAGCACGCUGCCCUUCCAGAGCGCCAAAUACCUCAUGAACACCUGGCCCUUCGGAGAGCUGCUCUGCAAGGCGGUGAUCGCCAUCGACUACUACAACAUGUUCACCUCCAUCUUCACCCUGACCAUGAUGAGCGUGGACCGCUAUGUGGCCGUGUGCCACCCCGUGCGUGCCCUCGACUUCCGCACGCCCGCCAAAGCCAAGCUCAUCAACGUCUGCAUCUGGAUCCUCUCCUCCGCCAUCGGAGUACCCGUCAUGGUGAUGGCCGUUACCAAGGAGACAGACACAGGCAGGACCGUGUGCACCCUGGGGUUCCCAAAGCCACAGUGGUACUGGGACACGGUGACCAAGAUCUCUGUGUUUGUCUUUGCCUUCGUGGUGCCGGUGCUGGUGAUCACCGCCUGCUACGGCCUGAUGAUAAUGCGUCUGAAGAGCGUCCGCCUGCUCUCCGGCUCCAAGGAGAAGGACCGCAACCUGCGGCGCAUCACCCGCAUGGUGCUGGUGGUGGUGGCGGCCUUCAUCAUCUGCUGGACGCCCAUCCACAUCUUCAUCAUCGUCAAGACCAUGGUGACCAUCGACCAGAAGAACCCUCUGGUGGUGGCCGUGUGGCACCUGUGCAUCGCCCUGGGCUACACCAACAGCAGCCUCAACCCCGUGCUCUACGCCUUCCUGGACGAGAACUUCAAGAGGUGCUUCCGGGACUUCUGUCUGCUCAAUCGAGCCCGCAUGGACCAGAGCAGCUUCUCAAGGGCUCGCAACACCACCCGGGAGCCCGUGUCCGUAUGCGCCCGGGCAGAGUCCAUCAAGAAGCCUGUAUGACUAGGCAUGGGCCCGGUGGGCGGCGUGCCCGGCAGCGGGAGUGUGCAGGAGGACCUGCAGACGGAGGACCUGCAGACGGAGGUCACCCAGAUCUCCACCACCGAGGUCUGAUCCUCUCGGCUGCAAUGUGUUUGAAUUUCAAUUGAUUCAUUGAAUCGAUCCAUUGUUGGAUGGUGUCAUGGAGGUCGUGGAACAUCGACCCCUGAAUGAUCUUUAUAGAUCACAUGGGGGGAGACAUAGGGAAGGUGCCUAACACGAUCUGAGUCUGUGCUCUGCUAAGGCCAGAAUCUAUAGCAGAAAAUAUAUUAACGUAGUACCUUUAAAAACCUCUUGACAGAUGGAUUGAACAACAGAGGGAACAACCUUCAUUGAAAGGCAUAGCUGACACUUUACAGUGUUUAUGUAAACAGUUUUGUUCAAGGCUGCCUUUACACCUGUGAACAAGAGCAAGGACAUGUGAAGAAAGGUUUGAAGUGCAUCUGUAAUUCAGGUUUUUGUUACGGUCCUUUAGGGUGAGCAUCAGGAACGCAGAUGCAACACAUAUGAAUCAUAGACUUCUGAUUCUUAACCCAGGAAUUGCUGUUGAUUUUUCCAUCCACAAACCCUGCCUUUAUCUGGCGUACAAUUCUAUUUUUCCUGUAAAAAAUGCUUUAUUGUUUCUGUGACAAUUUGACUUUGGUAAAAUGUGAAGUGAUACUUGUUAUUUAUUCUGUUGACUGGUGUGAUUUGACUGCUAUGGUAUAAGCUUUAUUGUAAACAGUUAUUUAUUGCUAUAUAACCAUGUAGACAUACAUAAAUAAAAUUGAUGUUGUGUAAG